AUGAAUCCUCGCAUUGAAAAACUUUGUUUACCUCGUCAUCGACGUGAUGCUAUAUGGAAAUUUUGGCAGCCAAAUGCUAAAUUGGAAAAAAUUUAUCCACCUAUAUAUUGGAAAAACCUUGAUUAUAAAUCUAUUCAUAUAAAAAAGACAAUUAAAGUUAAAGAAUCGAAAAAAUUACAUAAUGAAAAUUUAUGUUUGAAUGCAUGUAAUUAUACAACAUUAAUCUAUAAACCUACAUCAGAAAAACAAUUCAAUGAAAAAGGAUUUCAUAUAUUUGUUGAUUUUGAACAUAAUGGAUUAGAACAUGCUACUUGGAAAGAAUCAAUUGAAGAUAAUCAUUUUUUAAAUGAUAAAAUUAAAAAGAAUGAUGAAUCAUCAAUAAUAGAAUUUUCAUGGUCAAAUUUGAAUCAUAAAAAACAAAUUUUCAAUGAUCAAUAUUUAAAACGACAAGAACUUAUUCGAUAUAUUAAAAAUCAUAUACAAAAAGAUAAUUUAUUUGAAUUAGAUAAAAAUUCAUAUCCUAAUCAACCUAUAUCAAUAUCACGUCGUCCACGAGAUACUCUUCAUAUUGAUUUUUAUCCAGCAGCUUGUUUUCAAGGAUCAAAAACUGAAGCAACAUUUAAAACAUUUUAUCACCGAAAAUAUUUAUUACCUCAACAUUUACGUGAACAUACAUUAAAAGAUCUUAUUACAAUUGCUAAUAAUAUUCAACUUGAUAUCGAUAUAAUUGGUCAUUUUGUUUUACAUCCAAAUGAAUUAUCUAAACAUGAAAUUAAAAUGUUUGAAUUAACAUCAGAAUUUGGAGAUAUUUAUGAAGGUCAUAUUAUUCGUAUAAAUAAAAAAAAACUUGUUCUUUUAUUGGCUUCUACAUAUCAUUCAAAUAUUAAACUUGUACAAUCGCAUGAUUUUAAAAAUAUAAUUAAUGAUUCAACAAAUUUUGAUAUUGGAAUAAAUUCACAAUCAAGAAUAGAACAAAUUGUUAUUGAUCAUGUUCGAGAAUAUUUGCAAAUAAAUAAUGAUUAUUCUAUUGAACAAAUACGACGUAUACAAAUUGAAUUGGAACCUUUAAUGAAUAAAGAUAAACGUCGAGUUAUUGUUCAUUUAAUUACGAAUGACGAAAUUAUUGAAAAUUUAACUUUUGAAAUUACACGUGAACAAGAACCAAAACUAUUUGAUAAUGAAUAUGAAAAAAAUCUUUAUUUUUUACAAGGUAUUAAUGAAGAGAAAAUUAUACAGUCUGUUGAACAUAAACUUAAAGAAUUAUUUACUAAACGAUUUUCUUUUAUACAUAAAGAAGAAAAUCAUAAUUCAUAUUUACAAUUAACAUUAGAUAUAGAAUAUGAUACAUUAAAUAGUAUUAAAAAAAUGUUAUAUGCUUAUGCUAAUCAUCAAUUAACAACAUAUUCACGUGAAGAAUGUAUGCGUAUAGGAAUUGAAUAUAGUUUUGAUGAUUUAUUAGAUAAACUUGAUUCUAAUGAAUUACAAUCUAUUGAUGAUAAACAAAUACAAAUGAUAAUAGAUGAUAUACAAAUACGAUUACGUUUACAAAUUGAACGACGUUUUAAAGCUGAAACUACAGCUAAAAUUCUUUUAAUUGGUCCAUCAAUGAAGAAAGAAACAAAAUCUAUUGGCAAAGAAGUGAAUAUUUUGAAUCAUCAUCGGGAAAUAUUUAUAAAUCAAUUGGACACUCAUACUUCAUCAUCUAAAAUGAAAGAUAUACAACGUAAUCAUGGUAAUGUUAUCUUGCAUGAAGAAAUUGAUGGUGGACCAAAAAGUUUUGAUCGAUUACCGAUGAGCAUUGAUUCAUUAACAAUAUUAACACGUAUUCAACAACGAACACGUUUAAAUGUUGAAGAAAAUAAUAAUACUUUAGUUUCAUUUGAAAGUGAAAUACAUCCUUUGAUGACAUUUAAAGAUCAAAAACAAACCACUUCAUAUUCUGAACAAAAUAAUAUUGAGAAAAAUUCAUUAUCUCAUUUAUAUGAACCAUUUUUAUAUGAUGAAAAUGAUAAUAAUAGUAUAAAAACAUUGAAUACUAUUUCGAUUAAUACGAAAAGUUUUAAUACAUCAGCAGAUACUAAACAACAAUAUUUUAUAGAAUUACAUCAAACUAAUCAAGAUGAACAACAACGAAAAAAGAAAAGAAUGUCUCGAUCAUCAGUUGAAUAUGGUAAACAUAAACAAAAAAGAAAAAAACAUAAACCUUAUAAAUCAACAUCCAACAUAUAUAUUAAUAAUAUGAAUUCAAAACAUUUGUUUUUCAAUAAAUUAUUUUUAUUAUAUCAAAAUAAAAAAUCAAAGACAAUGACACUCAUGAAAAAUCAUAAUCGAAAACAAAAAUAUAUUCAAUUACCAAAUGCUAUCAAUGUUAAUACUAUAACAGAAACUUCGAAUAUAACAACAAAGAUAUAUAGUAAUGAUGAUAUUACUACAAUUAAGAAUAGCAUAAGUCAUCAUGAUAAUCUCUUCAUAAAAUCAAACGAAGAUUUAUCAUCAUUCGAUGAGUUAAAGCAAAGCAAUUUAUUGAAAUCUUUUGAAGACGAACAAUUAAAAAUCAAUAAUUCACUUCCAACCAUCAAAAUUAUUACUGAUUCAAUAUCAUUAGAAUCAGUACAGGAUAAUAUUGAAGGACAAGAUUUAUUAAAUACUAGAGAUCAUAAUAUAGGCUUAGAUGAAAAAAUAUCAAAAUUGAAUGAUAAAGAUGAAUCAACAGAAUAUCAACAAUUUCAAGAUGAAGGUUUUCAAGACAAAGAAGAUAUGAAUGAUGAUAGUAGUAUUGAAGAUAGUGAAAUGAGUUAUGAUACAGAACGUUAUUUACGUUCACUUUAUGGAUCAUUAUCUUCUACUAUGAAACAAGUUUAUGAAAUGUAUCAAUCGAAAUCAUCUCGACUUAGAUUAACAUUGGAUUUAGCUCAUACAUUUAUUAACUUUCUUCAUAUACGAAAAGAUAUUGCAUACGAAAUUGCUUCGACAAUUAUUGAUGCUCGACAACGUCUAGUUCCAUCUAAACUCACACAAAAAUCUUCAUCUAGUACUAAUAUUGAUGAAAAUUUCCUAUCAAAUAUAUAUAUAAAUGAAGAGAACGAUAAUGAUGAUACAUCAAUUAGUUCAGGCAUUAUUACUGCUGAAGAUAGUGAUACAAUAGUGAACGAAAAUAGCAAGACAUCAAGAAGUAUUAGUGAUAGCAGAACAAAAUAUAAUCUUGAUAAGAAAAAGAUUUUUUACUUAUCAAAUUCACAGCGUAUUAUGAAUCGUAUAAUUACUUAUUUAUCAGAAGUUGAUUGGAGAGUAUUCAAUUACUUAACAAAACAUUUCUUACAAAAUGGAACUAUGAUUACUAGUCAUGCAUUAGAAUUUUCAUCGGCAUUAUUAAUAGAUCUUAUUGAGGAUAGUGUUUAUCAAACAUAUUUUCAUUCGAAAUGGUGUUCUGAUUCAUAUAUUCAUUUGAAUGAUAAAAACGAAAUAAAAUACAUUGAAAAUAUACUUAUUGAAGAGUUUUUCAAAAAAUCUAUCUAUUAUUUAUUCAAUCGUCUUCAAUUGAUCAAUUCACCAUUAUUGGAAAAUAUUGCUCUCAUGCAUACUUUAAAAAAAUAUAUGAGUACAAAUCUUCUACAAGAAUUUACCUCCUUAGAAUGUCAUGCAAUUCCAUUAGGUCUCAAUCCUUGUAUUUGGUUUUCUAGUAAUAUUCUUAUUAAAACUAUUUGUUCGUUAACUGAUGAUAUUUUGAAACAAAUGAAUCAUGAUUAUUUAUCGGAUUAUACAAAAUUUGAAUAUGUUUUAGUAUCUUAUUUUCGUAAAAUUCAAAUUGUACACAAUCUUCAAGAGAUUAUUGAAACGAAUCAACAUUUAAUGAAAUCGAAAUUAUCACCUACAAUAUCUAACAGCAAAUAUCUUUUGCAUGUAAUCGAUUUGAAUCAAGCACCUAAAUUUUUUUCUCAUAAAGCUUUUAAACGAUUUCAAUUUGGUGAACAUAGUCAUAUAAAUGAUGAUAUUGAAGCACUCAAGGAUCUAGUUUUACUUGAUAUAGAAAGACAUAAUAUCAAGUCAAUGAAAGGACCUUAUAUACCUCUGAAUAUAAAUGAUUUGGUGAUACAUCAACAGAAUCGUGUAUUAACUCCAUCACCUUGGAUUUUAGCACAAUAUCAUCAACGAUCGAAUAUACAAAAACUAUCUGCCGAUGAAUGUAAUCUACAAGAAGCGUCAUAUCGCUAUGAUGAAACUACUGAUUCCAUCAAAACAGAUAAUUUACCACCAGAAGUGCGCGAUCUCUUGGACAACAUGAUCAGAAAAUAUGGUACUAUUGAAGGCAAUUUGGGCAUAUCAACAACGCGAGAUCUGUAUGAAGGUUUAUCCGAAGAUGUAGCACAAUUGAUAGAAAAUGCAAUUGAAGCUGUACAAACAUUUGAUCGUGAAAAUAAUAUUGGUGAUCGAAAAUUACAAAGUAGAAAGACAGUAAAUGAUCGAUUAACCGAAUUCUUCAAAUAUGCUGGACGACAUGGAGUUCGUCUAUUAGAUGAUGUAUUAAAAUUAGCCAAAUUACGUUCACAUGAUCCAAAAAAAUAUAUUCCACUUGCCGUUAAUAUGCUUAAAGAUCGUUUGAACGCAACUGGUACAACGGGUCUACGAAAACAAGCUGUUCGUUUUGCAUACACAUUAGAAACAUUGCUCAUAGCAACAAAUGAUGAACCAGCAUUAAUUGCAGCAAUGUUAAAGAAAAAAACUAACGAAAAGAAAUCAUUGGUUUUUUCCGAACGUUCUGAUCAAUCUUUGACCACUGAAUUAGAUUCAUUAAAACAGAUUACGGAAGAAGUUGAUAAGAAGAUUGAUACUUCACUCAUUGAAUCAGUAGCUACCACAACAAUUCCAUCACGUUCUUUCAAAAUGUUCACAACAGAUAAGUAUCAACAAAUUUUACCAACAAUUGAUGAAGCAGUCGAAUCAACAAUGUCAUUCAGUGGUACAACAGAUAUUGAUAGAGAACAUUAUUUUGAAGCUAUAAUGUCCAAUGCAAUUAUGUCGCAUGAUGGUCUUACGGUGGCUCAUCUGGUAGUACUUGUUAUCGGACACAAUCAAGAACCACUGAAGCUGACAAAUACUCAAAUUGAACAGUACGUAAUCCAUUUACCAAUACUUUAUUUUCUCUGA